CUCGGGCUCCUUGCCGCUAGCAGCCCCGCCUCUUCGCCCAGUGCUUCGGGUGGGAGGUUGUCGGAUUCCUUCUUUUUUUUUUUUUCUCCCUCAGCCGUGCGCGCGCCUGCCAACGCUUCUGGGAUAACGAUGCAGUUUAUGUUGCUUUUUAGUCGCCAGGGAAAACUGAGACUUCAAAAAUGGUAUGUCCCAUUAUCUGACAAAGAAAAGAAGAAAAUCACAAGAGAACUUGUUCAAACGGUCUUAGCCCGUAAACCGAAAAUGUGCAGCUUCCUGGAAUGGAGAGAUUUGAAGAUUGUCUAUAAAAGAUAUGCAAGCCUCUAUUUCUGCUGUGCCAUUGAAGAUCAGGAUAAUGAGUUAAUAACCUUGGAAAUAAUUCAUCGUUAUGUAGAAUUACUUGAUAAAUAUUUUGGAAGUGUCUGUGAACUUGAUAUCAUCUUUAAUUUUGAGAAGGCUUAUUUUAUUUUGGAUGAAUUCCUCCUGGGAGGAGAAGUUCAAGAGACCUCCAAGAAAAAUGUUCUUAAAGCCAUUGAACAGGCAGAUCUAUUACAAGAGAGCCAGAAUGAAGACUGGGGAGGUUUGUCUGAGGAUAUCUUAUGAUUAAGAACAAUCUAAAGCCUUAGCGCUUUGGCCCCUACCUGUACAAUUGGUAACUACCAAAUUUACCUUUUGGUGGCAUGGAUUACAUUAGUGCUUUGCAGAGGUUUGCACGUGUAAAAGAACUGUAAAAGAACUUGCCUGUUAAGCAAGAAGAGGAACAGAAAGUGACGAGUAAUGGACUUAUUCUUUGUCAUAUUUGCUUGACAGAAUGGAUAUUUGCUUUGGGUGUUCUAUCUUUAUUUUUCAUACUAACGGCAUCAAUUUUGAAUUGUGUGGUGCAUGGUUUUGUUCUAGUGAUGUUAAUGGUUUUUGUAUGCUGAAAAGGCUUAAAAGAUCCCCACCUUAGCCAAUAAACAGAUCACUGGUCUGAUCAAGUAGUUUAAAUUAUUUUCUGGAAUACAGUAUCUAUCAUGACUUGCAGCAGGAAAAAGAUAAGUGUUAAAUAUAGUUUAGUAUGUAAAUGAAAAAAGCUGCAGUAUCUUACGGUUAAUACAUGAGUGAAUUGCUGAGAUAAAUAUUUGUCUUAAGGAAAAAGGAUAUACUUGUCCCAAUUUAUUUCAAAAUCUGAAUUUCUUAAAAUGUAAUUGUGUAAUUGCCACUUUUAAAUCCCAUAUUCCAUAAAAAAAGGGUGCAUGAGGAAAAAUAAUUAUCUAAAAAAGAUUUUAAUGUAUUUUAUUUAUUUUUAAUGAAUUUAUGUUCCUCUUAAAUUAAUUAAUUAAUUAAUUAAUUAAAACUAACCAUAUUCAGUCCUGCAUUUAAAAUGCUAAGAAAGCAGAAAUUAUAACCAUCAAAUAAGCAUGUUUAUAAAUAGGCUUAAAUUAUAGAACUUUACAAAAAUGCUCUUUAAUCAACCAUAAUGGCUUCGAUACAAGGCUGCAUGAUUAUACUAAUGCGAAUAGCAUCUUUCAUGUAAAAUUCUCAAGCUUCUGAAGGUUCGGAAAUAGCUUUUCUGAAGUUGAAAUAAGACAAAACUUUAAAAAUAUUGAUAGCAAGUGCUCUAAACAUUUGACUCUCCAUCAAAAACAAUAAAUUGACAUAAUAGAUUAUGUACUAAUAUGUGUAAUUAUGAUUUACUGUGACUGCCUCGUAAACAUGCAUGUUUAAAUACACAAUUUGACUAAACGUAAAUAAUUAUAAUUUUAUAAGUAUAAUUUUAACUGAUUUAAUAAAAAGUGCUUUUCUUCAUAGAAAUCAAUGUCAAUUUUAAAAUUAUUAUUGAUUUAAUUGUGGACUGAUAGUAUGUAAAAAGGGAGUCUUAAAUGUGAUCAGCAUGUUACAUUAUGACGUUUGCCUCAAUACUAUCAGCAGUGUUGGUCUCAUAGUGAUUUAAUAUUUCAUCAAGAUUCUGGGGUAUAGGUUAUGUUUUAAAAUUAAAGAUAAGGUUAAGGACAAUUUUAACAGUCAUUUAAUUUUGUUAAAACAUUACCUUAUAUAUUUAUAAAAUGGACAAAAAGAUUCUCAGUUCUGUUCAGAUCAGGAGAAAUCCUUGUAAAGUUUCUGCACCCUAAAAUAUUUUGCUUCUUUUUAAUCUCCCAUAUUAAAUUUCCAAGGAUACAUGUGUUGAAAGAUAACGUCAAUAAAAUUUAAACAAAAGGACGUGAGCAAUAUAAGCAAGAGAAAUGCCUCCCACUAUUAAUUCAACAAAGAAUUUGAAGUAGACAUUGUGACCUAUACUGUGAAAAGAAAAUUGAUUAUUCUGUUUUCUAUUUCUCAUAUUUUUCCAAGUAUCAUCAAGGCAUAUUUGUCAGGAAUGGAUGGAAGUAUUUCAAUUUUUUGUUGGAUAAAUGACUUCAUUUAAAAUGAAAGCAGCAUGGCUUCCUUUUUAAACUUAGAAUACUUCCAGUAAGGUCAGAAUGGCAUUGGAAGUCUUCUGGUAAUAUUAAAAUCUUAUUUUGAAAUCAUUGUUUUGUACACCCCUCAUAAUAAUUACUUUUUACAUUUUUCCUAGUGAGUUUAUACAUUUAUAAUGGGUAAUUUAACUUCUGUCCAUGAUAACUGAGCUUAAUAUGUAGAAUUAUUUAUUUUUAUUAAGAAAAUUUUAAUCGACUUCGUGAUAUUAUUUUAUUAAAACAGUGUAGUAUUGUAGAUAACUAAAAUUUAUUAGUCAUGGAUUGGCAUUAAGGUAUAGAAUUAUUUGUUUGAUUAACAAAGAAUAACAAGAAAACAAGUAACUACACCUUAUUCACAGAUGUUUUAUAUUUUUUUCACACAUGGUUUUUGUAAGAAUAUAAUUAAAUAGGCUUUUUAAGCUUUUUUUUCUCAACAUAGAUAUAAAAUUAACUACAAGUGUUCUAGGACCGCAUGCUUGAUGAAAUUAAGAAUGCAAAAUUCAAUUCAUGGUGAUGCAAGUCUUCUAAUUGACCAUGGAAUUAGUUACAGGUAGUCCUCAAUUUACCGCCAUAAGUGAGCCCAAAAUGUAUGUUGCUAAAUGAGACAUUUGUUAAGUGAGUUUUGCCCCAUUUUACGACUUUUCUUGCCACAUUCGUUAAGUGAAUCACUGCAGCUGUUAAAUUAGUGACGUGGUUGUUAAGUGAAUCUGGUUUCUUCAUUGACUUUGCUUGUCAGAAGGUCACAAAAGGCAAUCACAUGACUAUGCAACCAUCAUAAAUAUAAGUCAGUUGUGAAGCAUCCGAAUGUAAAUCACGUGACCAUGGGGAUGCUAUAAUGGUCAUAAGUGUGAAAAACAGUCAUAAGUCACUUUUUUCAGUGAUGUAACUUCGAACGGUCACUAAAUGAACUGUUUUAAGUCAAGGACUACCUGUAUUUUGGAUACAGAUUCACUCCCAUCAUCUUGAGGGUUAUAAAAACCAUGCCUUUUCUAUUGAUGUUUCUCAAUUGCUCCAAACAAGUUGAUUUCCAGAAUAUGAUCUGUAGAAUUCAACUGUCUCUGAAAGUGUAUUAUUUAUCCCACAUUUUGACAUAGGCCCCUACACAAUACUUGCUUAGAUGUUGACAGGAUCUUCACCUCUUACCCUACAUUUCUAAUGAAGGAGAGAUUAUGAAAUUAGUUCCUUCAGGUUUAAAAUAAGACCCUUAACUCUAUUAACUUCUAAUAUUUGUAGUUAUUUGUAUUCAUUAUAUAUAGUACAUAGAAAUUUGAGAUAUUUCAUUAAGAAUAAAACUGCAUCUUUUUUCUGCCCAAAUGUAGGGUUUUGCAGUUUUCUGAUUGAAUGUAUUUUGCUGGUUUCCACUCAUUGUUUCUACCUUUUGAAUCUUAUUAAUAUUAUCUGUUUGUUAUGUGUCCUAACUUUGCUUCAUCUACAUAUGUGAUAUGUUCUAAUCCGUCAUUCAAGCACUUUUAUAUAUGUGGAACAAAUUGGGGUAGAUUGGAGCUUUGUAAUAUGCUGCUCGAUACUUGUUUCCAUCUUAAUGUGAAGUCAUUAGUGUAAUAUGAUGUAGUGUUCAGCUAACUCUAUAUUUGUUUUAUUUAUUUAUCCUGCCUUUAUUAUUUUUUAAUAAAUAACUCAAGAUGGUAAACAUACCUAAUAACUCCUUUCUCCUUCUAUUUUCCCCUCAAAAACAACUCUAUGAGGUGAAUUGGGCUAAGAAUGACCGAUGGUGGUACUGUUUAUAAUCAUAGGAUGUCCUGAUCACAUUUUAUCUCUUUCUUAUAAUUCUCUACUAGAAUCUCAUGGAAGUCUUUGUUGAAUAGUUUUCUAAAGGCAGGGUAUGCUGUGUCCGCUAUGUUUCUAUGGCAAUUGAAUAGGUCACUCUUAAAAAAAAGAAGGAAAAAGUCAAGACAUUUAUCAGGAUGGUAUAGCAUGAUUUAUUCUAAUUAAACUUGCUCCUGCUUACAAACCAACUGCUGAAUAAUCUGUGUCUCACUUUUACCCUGUACCGUUAUCAAGCUGUCCGGUCUCUACUUGCCAGUUAUCUUUUUAAAGAUAUUUGAUAGACAGACAGACAGAUUAACAGAGUUGGAAGGGACCUUGUAGAUCAUCUCGUCCAACCCCCCGCCCAAGCAGGAGACCCUAAACUGUUUUUGACAAAUGGCAGUCCAAUCUCUUCUUGGAAGCAAUUUAACCUUCCCAAUCCUCUGGCAUUAUGUCUAUUCUCCAUGAUUUCUUUAAAAUCAUAUAUGCUCCAAAAUGAUAUCCAUAAAUUCCUUCAGGACACUCAGAUUUAAUAGAUCUGGUUCUGAAGAGAUAAUUUACUCAUGAUAGCCAAUUUCUUUAGUUGCCACUCCUUUUUUUUAUUUAUCUGACAACUGAAGCAAAGUAGGAAUAGAGGAACUCGGCCCUCUCCUUGCCAUAAUCAGAAUAGUGUGCAAAUGUUCUUGGAGCAGUCCUGCAGAUCCUUUGGCCUCAGGAUUUCUGACCAUGGGUUGCUCCCUAAUACUAAUUUAAGCUUUGUGCAUGUAUUAAUUGCACUCUUAAUUUCUCUUUCUACAAUAUCUUGAACUCCUGGAAUUAUGAUAACUUCCUCCCAUAAUUCUUAUUGUUUUUAUCUUGUCCACUAAUUCUAUGUUGGUUUGGAAUGGAUCUGAAAAGCAAAACAGAGAUCACUGAGGAAUUCUUGACAAUUUAGAAUCUCUCUCUGAAAGUUCUGAAAUAAAAUAAUGAUAGUGCAAAUGGGUGUGGACCCUUCUUGGCUGCAGGAUGUUUUCUGCCCUAUGUCCCUUCAGUGAAGACAGGCGUAGGUGUUAAAGAUGAGUCUGUGUUGUUUGCAUCUGAAAUUGAAGUGCAAAUGGUUCCUUUAUUCUGCAAUUUUUUUUCCUGGAAAUCCAUUCAUACUCCCACAGCAUUAGAAGGGUGUUCAUCCCAAAGUGUAUAGCUAAAUGUCUGUGGAGAUUCUCUGUCAUCCAAGUCAUGGUUGUCCCAAAGGUGCUUUUUCAGGAGGCAACUGGACUUCUGGAAAAAAAAAAGUCGGAAUAAUUGAAGAAUUCCAUCAGAAUAAAAUGCAAAAUGUUUGAAUAUUCUGACUGUAAGAACAAUGGGAAUUCAAGACAAGCUUGUUGUUCUCUUGCUUUGAUUCAAGCACUAGAGGGGGUAGCUGUCCAUUCUGAUCCCAUUUUUCAAAAUGGUCAAUAGAGUAAUUCUUGUGAUUUAUUGAAAAAUUUCAUAGCUUCUAAGUAAAAGCAGCAAAUGGCUUGGUUAUGGAAAAAGUCUUGAGGAAUGUCUCAAAAGCUUAUUUCUUUUCAUUCUAUCUUUUCUUGGAUACUCCUACACAUAUGUUUUGUAAGUCCAAAAAUAAGAAAACUUGUCCAAGUUACUUUUCUGAGUUGGAAUCUAUACAUCCAAUAAAUCACCAUUUUGAUUUAUUAUUUGUGUGUCCCUUUAGCUAUUAAAAUAUCAAUUGGUUUCUUUGGCAAAUUCUGUAUAACAUGUUUGUCAAUAUUUUAUGUAUGUAUAUAUGUACCGAUAUGUAUGUGCCACCUAUCUCGUUAGAUCAUUCUUAUACCCUGUCAUUUUUAAACCAAUAUCCAAAACAUCCUGGUUCUCCAUUGCAUCCUCUUCUAUCUCCUUUUUUGAAUCUAUUUUAUACUAUUGGACAAUCUGAAAAGAAAAUUCUGAAUAUUGUUGCCAAAUAUCCUUGAAUUCCUCCAGAGUUAAAAUACUUCUCUCUAUUCUGUAACAGAAGGUCGUCUCCUUUAAUUAGAACCUUUCUAGUUGCCUCCAGUAACUAACCUUCAAGAUCUCCUUUUUUCACGCUUUUUCCCAAUCCACAAAAUUUUCCCAGGGAAAGAUUAUUUGCACUUAAAAUUCAAAAUCUUCAUAUAUUUUUAAUAGGAUUUUAAAUAAACUAUAGUUAUAUUCUUAUAAUUAUUUCAUAAUCUUAUUUUCAGUUAAGAUGGACCCUAAGUAGGAGUGGUGCGGUGGCCUAGAGGUAGAGCUCUCACCUCACAAUCAGGAGGCAGUGACUUUGAUCCUAGGUAAAGGCAGAUAUUUCUCUCUGGGCACAUUGAGAAUAUAUCUGCUGAACAAAACUCCCCAUUGGUUGACAGGAAGGGCAUCCGGCCGUUAAAACACUCUGCUAGCUCCAUUCAGUUGCCUAGACUUCACCCCGCAAGGGAUUAUGGAGUCGUUAAAAGACGAUGAUGGACCCUAAGUCCAUUUAAAAUCUUUCCAAAAUUAGCAUUCUAAUUAUGUUUUUGCUACUUAUUUUCAAAUAACAAAGUUUUUAAGUUCUUAAAUUUACAUGAAUCUUCUAUGUCUGAGGUUUGAAGGAAGAGCACUUAAUGUAAUAAAACUUGUCCUUCUGAAGGCUGUUAAUAUCCAUAAAACAAUUUUCAAAACAUUUCCAAUGAAAGUGGUUAAGAAAGGUAGUGGGUGAACCCAGUGUCUCUUGAAAUCUCUCAACCAUGGCUUGGCCAAGACUGACUCUCCUGACUCUCAAAGCUCUAAAACCUACUGGAGACUAUUGUUUUACAGUCUUGUUGCAGGAAAACACUCUGGGCAUCCCAAAUUCUCUCCUUAAUCCAGAGAGGAGUUUGGGGAGCAAUUGGCUCCUUUUUGCACUGUGGUCAUGGGCUAUUCUCUUGCAGAGUUGUCUUCAGUUCGCCAUGCCCCGUGGAAUAUUUUCAAAUGGCAGCUUCCCUUGUUCUGACUACAGAUUCAAAAAAAUACUUUUUUUCAAAUCCUAUUUUUAUUGUUUAUAUAUUUUAUAUAUGUUUAUAUUGUUUAUAUUUAUUAUAUAUAAUCUCCACCUUUAUUAUUUUAAUAAAUAAUACAAGCUGGUAAACAUAUCUAAUGCUCCUUCCUCUUUUCCCCAGAGAAUAAAAUUGAGAAUUGUUCGAUUUUGACUAUACAAGAUGCAGAUAAUUUAUUUUCACUUCUGAACCUUUCCAUAGAAAGGUUUCACCUACCCUGUUUCCCCCAAAUAAGACAUACCCUUAUAAUAAGCCCAAUUUUGAGCGCAUGGCAAUAAGGCCAAGCGCUUAUUUCAGGGUUCAAAAAAAUAUAAGACAGGGUCUUAUUUUUGGGGAAACCCAAUAUAACUUUUUAUAUUUUCAUAAAAACAAAUUAAGAAUAAUGUAAAUAAAUACAUUAACCACCAAAUGGUGUUAUUUAACUACUUUUAGUUAAAAACCCGAACAUCCAUGAAGUGAAAAUCCAUAUUAAGGUGAUGUAGUUAUUAGGUUAACCAGAUAAACUG